GUUGUCAAGUCAAUUGUCAUGUUUGAAACACUGCUUUGUACAUAAACCUUUUCAAUUCAAUUUUUCAAUCAAACUUUCAAAGCAAAAUGCGAAGUUUCUUCAUACAGUUUUGACGAGAUCACAUUGUAAACUAUAAUAAUAGAAAAUUGAAUUGACUCACUUAAUAAAGUGGGUGUGCUGUCGUACAUUGUGCAUUGACGUAAUAGUUAAUAAUUCAGUAAAGGUAAUAUCAGCAAUACAUUGGAUACAUUGGUGCAAUGCUGUUUUAAAGAAAUUGAAAAAUAUAAGAAAAGUACCGAAUUUAUUGAUUCUGUGAAAAAACUACCUACCUACAAACAUUUAGUUCCAUUUACUGUUUUGAACAAACUGAUUGUUGUUUGAUUAUUAUUAAUUGUACCCGUAGAGCACUUUCGAACAUUGGUUGAAAGUUUUAUGUGAAAAUGUCUUCAAAUUAUUAUGAUUGCUACGACGGAAGCAAGCUAUUUCUAUUCUUGUCUAAUAAAAUCGGUCUUCCAAUUGAUUUGACAAGCAGUUCAUUUAUCUGUACUACCCAUGCUGAGUUAUACAUUACUUAAAUCUGGACCACAACAUUUGAUGGGAAACAUUACCCUUACUGCAUCAAUGUUAUACUUGUCGUGUCUACACCUGCAUCAACAAUUAUACCAUACAGGCGACUACACACUUGAUAUAACAGGUCCUUUGAUGGUCAUCACUCAAAGAGUAACAUCAUUGGCGUAUUCAUUACAAGAUAACUUGACCAAAAAGGAGACAGACGCAAAUUCUAUGGGACAAUCCUCCGCCAAAGAUGAAUCUCAAGUGGUCAAAUUACCUUCCCCACUUGAAUAUUUUGCAUACACAUUAGCCUUUCAAACUUUAAUGUGUGGACCAGUCGUGUUUUAUACAGAUUACAUUACUUUCAUUGAAGGCGAUGGAAUUAAUGCAAAUCAAAAGUACAUAUCAGGCGGUCGUAAGGAACCCUCCCCUCGUCUGGCAGUUUUGUACAAAGUUGCCGGCUCCAUUGCAGCAGCUGUUCUAUAUUUGUCUCUUGCGCACAAAUACCCCUUAACGGCACUGGAAGAAUUAUCAGAUCCCACUUCUGAAGUGGCCCGAUCAUGGUCCGUGUUUUAUCUCUUAUGGUACGCUUAUUUGUCCACACUUGUAGUGCGAUGCAAGUAUUACCAUGCGUGGCUCUUGUCGGAAGCCAUUUGCAAUAACUCUGGAAUGGGUUUCAAUGGAUACGACAACAAUGGCUCACCUAAGUGGGAUAAAAUAUCCAAUAUUGACGUGUUCGGUUUCGAGUUUGCGCAGAACUUUCGCGACGCCGUGGCAAGCUGGAACAAGAACACGAACGCGUGGCUGCGCAACGUGGCGUACGAGCGCGGCGGCGCGGCGUGGCGCACCGCGCGCGUCUACACGCUGUCCGCGCUGUGGCACGGCUUCCACCCCGGUUACUAUCUCACCUUCUUCGCGGGCGGCCUCUUCACCGUCGCCGCUAAGAAGAUGCGAGCCUUCGCGCGUCCUAUGUUUUUGGAAAGUCGCCCCAAGAAACUAUUGUACGAUGCGCUGUCGUUUAUGACAACUAGGAUUGCUAUGACGUAUACUACCGUUCCCUUCGUUCUACUCCAUCUCUCGCCGAGCCUUGCCUUCUACGGGAGGUUGUACUACUCUUUGCACUUCAUAGCGUUGGGCGCAAUAUUCCUUCCGGCAAAGCCUAUUCCACCACGAGUGUCUUCUCAAAAUUGCUCAGAGCUUCCUCCGACGUCUUCCAAGUUAACAAAAGAGGCCUCACUGAGGGAUAUAAAUGGAAAACCAAAUGGUGAACUCGCGAUUUCCUAAUAAUAUUUACCUUCAUCUUUAACGAAAUGCAAUGGACUGGCGGAUAUAGGUUUAAGGUAUAGUAUUUAAUAAAUUUUUUGCCACUAUAUCGAAAGACACAAAUAUAAAAGGUAUUAAAUAAUAUACAUAAUUCUUAUGUAAUAGAAACAUUAUACAUAUUAUGCAUUUACGAGUAUUAACCAGCACAAACGAGUACCUAUUUUAUAAUUAAUAAUAUUUUAUUUUUACAAUAAUAAAGUUUUACUCCCAGUUAAUAGUUAUUAGAGAAUAUUAAAAAGAAUUGUUUUUCCAUAUUCCAAUAACGUAAGAAGUUGGAUUUCUUUAUUUUAUUGGUAUUAAGUAAAAUUAGACAUAUAAUGUAUACAUUUUACGAUGAUUUUUCAAUCAUCAAAUAAUAAUUAUCUUUAACUGAGGAAUGAUCUUGCUGCUUUGACAGUAUUCCUUCUAUUAAUGAUUAAUUAUAAUUAUUUGACGAUUGGAAAAUCGGACCUUUGUAGUACAUAACGUCUGGCUAUUGUUUUUUUUUAAUAGUACAUAGGAUAAAGAUAUGAUACUGAAUAUUUUAAUUUUUAUGAUAAAGUAACUAAGGGCGUACCCCGUGACUGAGUAGCUUGCGGUAGUGGAGCGGUGCGGGAGGGAUGAGAUGUCGUGACCCGAGAGCUCAGUGAUUCGUCAACUUGUGACACCCUCCCGCACGCACGCUCCACUACCGCAGUGACACGGUAAGGUCCGAAUAAUAACUAAAAUAAGUUUUAAUUCGGCAUUUAGUGAUUUUUUACUGAAUGUUGUUAAAAUGAGUACGCCGGAAAAACGUUCCCUCGUACUUUCAAUCAGGAACUCCUUCGCGCUUCACAAAAUCACUCUAGGGGUAUGAUGAGACUGUUGUGGAGUCGGGGUUCUCAGAUUUCGUUCUGGUUUAGAUAUUAUUCAGAUUACAGACUUUUACGAGACUCUAGAGGUAAAAAUGCACGAUUUGCCGAUCGAUUGCUUGUAAAAGUCAAAAAUUUACAAUUAUCACUAAACAGUUAUCUAAGACUUAACAUUUAUAAAAUUUAGUAAAUCCUAGGCUUUAUUGUAAUAUAGCACAUUACAGUCCAGGGCCGAAAUAAAGCAAUUGCCGGCCGAGUAAUAGUGAAAGGACGAGGCGAAGCCGAGGUUUAUAAUCACGGUUGUGUCUAUUCAAUCGAGAAUGCGCAUGCGAUCUUUUGGUUCCAAAUUUUUGAAAAUAGGCUUUAUAUAAUAUACCGCAUUCAGAAUAUGUAAUAAUAAAUCGUGUAUGUGAAAAUACCUAAUUUUAUGUAAGUGUUAAUUUAAAGGAACUCGUUACCAAUACGUCCAGCAAUUUCUAUUAUAUUUCGAACUAUUGGAAAACACAUGAAUGUGGGAAAAUCUCAUGCAAUUUACUAUGAUUAUAUAAAAUUUGCUACAACGAAUAAUCCAAAAUGGCGGGUAUAACAAACAAAAAUACGACAAGGAAAAAAAUAAACUUGAGAUGAAGGGAUCGAGUUUGGUAUUAAAUGAAAGGUAUCAUUACAAUAUAUAUCAUCAAUUAUUAUCAUUAAAAUAUUAACACCCGUAUUCACAAACGUUGCUAUGAGGUCUCACAGUGCGCUCGAACGCACAGUGUCGGUUCCACCAAUCAGGCGACCUAUUGCUACAAUCAUGAAAAAGCUUACGCGGUACAGGGAAUAUGGACUGUAACGAUAACGAUCCUUAAGGAUAUUUUUGGAUGUGAGAUAUGAGACAAUUUUUACGUGAUCGACCUGCUGAUUACUGUGUCACGUCAAUAUACAAUGAUCAUUGGUGGAACCAACAAUAUGCGUUCGAGCGCACUGUGAGACCUCAUAGUAAUGAUUGUGAAUACGGCCCGAUAAUGUCCAUCUGCAUUGAUGUUUUGUUUUUAAGUCUGCGGCCCAGGUGGGAGUAGGUGGGCGGCCAGCGUGUAGAACAAACUUAGGUAAUAUUUACAAAAAUUGGAAGGAAGACGCGCCGACGUUUCCUAAUCGAGAGCGGGUGCUGGGUGGCAUGGCUGGGCUGGCCGGCCAGCUGUGCCGCAGACUAAGACUGAGAUCUAUAGAGCGCACUUUAACUUUGCUCAGUCUUAAACACACGGCGAUAUACCGUUGGUAUAAAUCUGUCUCGUUUUAACUGAAACUUAAGUCUAAGCAAAGUCAAAGAGCGCUCUAUAGAUUUCAACCUAAGAGUAGUCCGGUUUUAGUUAUUGAACUUUAUCUUGUUAGAAGUAUUUUUACUAAUGAAUUAAGGCUAUGGGUGUGAUGAGUAUUAUAUUUAUUUAAAUUAGGCAGCUGUAUUUAUAUUUAAAGUAUGUGGAUACUGGAUAGUACAUAAGAUUGUGGUUGGUUGCAGUUUAAUGUUUAUGUAAUCAUCUAUUACAGAUUUAUGACACAGUUUAUUACAUAUUACAGAAGUUUAUAUACCUUAUGUCUUUAAUGUUGUGAAAAAUAAAAAAAAGACUGAUCAAAAGAUGUUUAUAUAACAAACAAGUUGGGCUAACUAUUGAUAUUCUAAUUCAACUCUUAUUAUUGGACGGGUAAGAAGUAUAUUUGAUGCUUCAAUAUCAUGAUGAUAAUAAGAAUGCUUUUGUUACUAAGAUAUGAAUAUAUCAUUAUUUAGGUGCAGGGCAUUAUGGUGAGUAAUCAGGUUAUUGUUAGAGGACAUUAGCACAAUGUUAUCUCUAAUAUAAACCGAAAACGCAUGUCUCUGCUCUGUUUACCACAUCCAAUAAAGGAACACAUGACGUGAUGUUCUGUCAUAUUUCUUUUAUCCAUGCCCCUGGAUAUUAGAUCAUAAAGGUGGCUUAUUAGCCCUUUUUCACAACCUUUUGAGCCCUCAUUCGCACGAGAGCUUUUUUAACUGACGUUAAAACAGAACAACUGCUUUCCCAAAUAUCUUUUUUAAAGCGCACUUUGUAUUUUCAGCGCAACGCCGGCUUUUAACGCAACGCUUUUUUAACGUUCGUGCGGAUUAAGGCUUAUAGUUUACUUCUACCAUUUUAAGAUGACCUUUAAUACCUUUGUAAUAAAAGGCAUUUUUCCAGUGACCUGACAGUAACAUAUUGUAUUAUCUAUAAUAUGUAUUAGCAUAGUAAUGACAACAUGUUCAAAGCUAUUAUGACCUGAUAAUGUAAGAAAUGUGCAAAAAAAUAUAUUUGUACCUACCAUAUAAAAUGUGAUCUUUAAAUUAAAAUACAAAUUCUGUAAAUUAAAUGUAUCUCAGGAGUUUUUGUGUAAUGUAUUAUAAUUUAUAUGCAAUGGUUGUUACAUUGUUAUAGUGAUUACAAUAAAUGUUUAUUUUAAUA